GGUAACGGAAACAUGUGGUAGAGGAUAACUCCCCCUUCCUCAACCCGUCUCGCUAGUUCUUCCCAUCAGUUACCGAUAGAAGCAGCCAUGGCAACUGUGAGCUUCAACCCCACCAGAAUCAGAACUACUUCAACUUUCAAACAUCGCAAUUCCAUCUCUAUUCUCACUUCGCCAGCAAAACCCACCAGAAUCCCAUGUAUUAUUCCAUCGAAUAACACUAGAACCCACCCAAAACUGCGCCAUUUUCGACCCAACUCGGUCUCCGAGAGCUCCCUGUCCACCCAGGAAGAAGAAGGUGUUCUCGAUGACCUAGAAGAAGACGACCCGACUGUGGAAUUGAGCUACCUCGACCCAGAAACGGAGCCGCAGAGUAUAACAGAGUGGGAAUUGGACUUUUGCUCUAGACCCAUUCUUGAUGUUAGAGGCAAGAAGGUGUGGGAACUACUUGUGUGUAACAAUUCGCUGGCUCUGCAGUACACAAAGUAUUUUCCAAAUAAUGUUAUCAACAGUAUCACUUUGAAGGAUGCCAUUGUUACUAUUUGCGAGGAGUUGGGCGCUCCCUUACCUGAAAAAAUCCGCUUCUUCAGGUCACAGAUGCAAACAAUAAUUACAAAAGCAUGUAAGGAGCUUGGAAUAACACCUAUUCCUAGUAAGCGGUGCCUAUCAUUACUUCUAUGGCUUGAGGAGCGUUAUGAAACUGUAUAUUCGCGUCAUCCUGGAUUUCAAAAGGGAUCGAAGCCUCUUCUGGCACUAGAUAACCCUUUUCCAAUGGAGCUUCCAGAAAACCUUUUUGGGGAAAGAUGGGCAUUCGUCCAGUUGCCUUACUCAGCUGUUCGAGAGGAGGUGUCAUCUCUAGAGAAAAGUUUUGUUUUCGGAGCCGGGCUGGAUCUGGAUUUAUUGGGUAUUGAAAUUGACGACAAGACAUUGAUUCCAGGAUUGGCUGUUGCAUCUUCUCGUGCUAAGCCUUUAGCAGGUUGGAUGAAUGGUUUGGAAGUGAGUUCGAUCGAAGUAGACACUGCUCGUGCUUGUCUGAUUCUGUCUGUUGGAAUUUCUACUCGGUACAUAUAUGCAACCUAUAAGAAAACUUCUGUGACUACUACUGAAGCUGAAGCUUGGGAAGCAGCCAAGAAAUCUUGUGGAGGCUUGCACUUCCUUGCCAUUCAAGAAGACUUGGAGUCAGAAGAUUGUGUGGGUUUUUGGCUUUUACUAGACCUUCCCCCUCCACCUGUGUAAUCAUGCUUGAUGAUUCAUUUGACAAAAAUAUAAUCACAGCAUUAUUGUUCAUUAGAUCUCAGAAGUAUAGGAGUUUUAUCCUAAAUACUGCAUUAUUUGAUUAAGAUAUAUAUUUUUUCAACACUGUCAUGCUCUAUUUUCCGCUAGAGUUUA